CCCGUCAUUAGUUACAUGCAGUGUUUGUAAUUUGUAUCUCUCAAACCCGUUCUACAAAAGGUUAAACCUCUAAAGAAUAUACUAGGUUUUAUUAACCGUGUGUUUUGUUAAAAGUAACAAUGAAGUGUAUUGGAUUAUAUCGUUAUUGUUUGUGUCUAGUGAUAAUUGAGUUGAUUACUAUAGUGCAAAGUAGUGACAGUGUCUGCAUGCCAAUUAAUGGCCCUAUACAUAAUGGGUAUCCUUGUAAGAACACUAAAGACAUUAUAGCGUUGUUCGAUGGUUUAUCACCUGAUAUGAACCAGUAUUAUGUUUAUAUAAACAAAAACUUUCCCACGGAUACUCUCGCAAAAGUAUCGUUUGAUGCUGCUGUUAAUAUAACACUAAUGGACCAAAGAGAUGAACAGAUAUCUUUGUCUGCCGGACACGUUUUAGAAGUUCGCUGCAUCGUCACACGUACAGGUUUAAGUUUUAUAGUGGAGGGAACAACUCGGAGACUCCCUAAUUUAAUUAGUUUUACCAUAGAUGAUGUAGAAUAUUGUGAAGAUCCGGAUAUAGGGUUUGUUAAACAUCAGGGGCAGGAUAAGAAUUAUAAAUGGUUUGGUGCGAGCGGAAAAUCUGGUAAAACUUUCCGUUGUGGAAGACGUAAAGUGAUGGAGACAGGGUCUGUAAUCGAUGGUGUCGCGGAACCUGGUGAUUGGCCGUGGCAUGUCGCUGUGUAUAGAAAACGUUUAAAUAGUCCAUCCAAAUAUGCCUGUGGAGGAACUCUUGUGUCUCACACCUUUGUUUUAACAGUGGCACACUGUAUUGUAUUGGGGCCUGAAGAUAGCUUUAGUACUGAAGCUAUAUUCACGGUUGUGCUUGGAAAAUUUAAUUUACUAUCGAGCGAUGACGAAAAAACAGUACGCGUGGACGUGGAGAGAAGUUUUAUUCCUAAAGGUUACAUAAGUCAGAUUUUUGUUAAUGAUAUAGCUUUGCUGAAGUUGGAAUCGGAAGUGCAGUUCACGGAUUACGUACAGCCAGCGUGUUUAUGGCAUAGGAGGUUGAGUGAUUUGCCAGAUGAACGUGUAGUUGGCACUUUGGCAGGCUGGGGGUAUAAUAACGAUGAUGAGAUAUCACAGACUCUCCAGCAAGUGAAUUUGCCGAUGGUGUCGCGCGCCACCUGCAUUGCGAGCAACCCUAGCGCCUUCAGAGUCAUACUGGUUGGGAACGACUUCUGUGCGGGCUACCACAACAACGGUACUGCACCAUGCAGCGGUGACAGUGGUGGCGGUUUCCAGGUUUUUAUCCCGGAUAAGAGACAAGCCGUUGGCGGGAAGGUUUUAGGCGCUUGGUACGUCAGGGGAGUUCUGUCGAAGGGUUUGAAAGAGGAAAAUAGCAACUUGUGUGACGCGAACCAGUACACGGUGUUCACCGAUGCGGAAAAGUUUGCGGAUUGGAUCGACAGCCACUUGGAUGAGGAUCGUUGAUUUGAUACUUCGCUAAAUAUAGUAUUUUUCAGUUUUUGUAAUUAUU